AUGAUUUUGGAGAUUGACGCGGAUUGGACCGUACCGCGGAGCAUCGGAAUCGAGACGAAAAAUGGCAUCGUUCCAAAAAUAAUUCGUCGCGGGACAUCAGUUCCCUGUAUCGCCACGACAACUCUUCUUGCUUCUGCUGGCCAAAAAGUGAUCAAAAUCAAGGUAAUCUUAGGAAAAAACUCAUUGCAAAAUGAAAAUCAAAUAAAUAUUCCUUGAAACGGUAAAGUGAAUUUUGUUCUCGUUUUCAAGAUAUUUUAUCGAACACUUUGAAGGUUUCAUGUAUUUUUAAUGAUUUUUUUCAUGGUUUUUUUGGAUUUGUUUCUUGAAAAUCUUCAGAUUUCAACCUCAAAAAAAUCCUAACUAUAAUGAGAUCUAACUAUAAUGAAAAAAAUCCUAACUAUAACUAUUCGAACUCGGGUACGCGUUUCGAGUUGAAACUUUGGUGGCUAAUGGACCCGAAUAAGAGUACUUGGAAACAAGAUAGAUUAUCUGCUAAACCCCAUAGGCUUCUGAGAAAAAUCCUUUUGAAAAUAAACAGUUUAGGCUUGAAAAUUAUCAAAUUUUUGCUUUGCUCCUUCUUUUGGUUGGAAAAAGUUUUUUAGAGUUUAUCAUAGUCGGAUCAUUCAAGGCGAUUGUAUUAAAAUAUAAAAUAAGCUAAAAAGCAGUAUUCUGAAAAAUUUCAGGCCUAAUUUUCACAUUUUCUACUAAUUUUUUCUCAGUUCUCUGUCGGGUUUAGCAGAUGUUCUCUCUUGUUUUUAAGUUCUCUGACUUGGGUCUAUAAACCAUUAAAGUUUCAACUGGAAAUGCGUACCCGAGUCCGAGUAGUUCCCUAGUAAGGAUUAGGUUAGAAUUCACGAUUAUGAUCUCAAAUUUCGAAAAAAUCAUUUUUUUGAAGUUAUCACGAAAAUGAUCAAAUUAUUAAUUUUUUACAGAUUUUCGAAGGGGAACAGAUCAGCUUGGAGAAUUAUGGUUAUCACACGGUAUUGAAAAAAUUGUGGGAAACUAAAUUCGAGUUGGAAAAUGUGGACGGCGGGAAAAACGACGUUGAAAUAGAAGUAGGAAAUGAGAAUUAGGUUAUUAAAUCAUUUUAACGUUUCAGGUUACGAUUAAAAUCAAUAAGGUCUACUUUAUGAGCGUGAUUGUUAAGCAGAAAGACGCAAAAAAUGUUCAGGAGUACGAUCAUAUCGACUACGAUUACUUCAGUGAACAUGUUGGUUUCGAAUUUGCUCUUUCUGGCCGCAUUUGGAAUGGCUGAAAUGGUCCCACGCGCAAGUAGUUUCAAGUCGGAGGCGCUGAUUUUAAAUUUGCUCUUUCUGGCCGCAUUUGGAAUGGCUCAAAGCACCCCGGGAAUUGAAAAUUUUUCACAAAAAAUUUUUUUUUUCACAAUUUUAUCUUUUCUCAAAGCAACAAAGCCAUUCCACGUGCGACCUGGGAAUUCAAAUUUAUGAAAUUUUGAUUUUGUUUCAAAUCGGGAAUUUCAGGUCGAAAGAACCGAAAAAGAGGAAGAACAGCUCGUCGACAUCCAGAAGUUGUUGUUUUGGAGGUUUCCUCUGAUUGUUUGAUUUUCGAAAGUUCGAAACCAUUUCAGAGAGUACCGACUGGCAGAGAACGCCCUGAAGCAAUGGAGAGAGUUGUGCGAGAAAGUGGAGGGUCCAGAGAAAGAUAUAUUGGUUAGAGAAGUCGACAUCGCCUGGAAGAAGCUUCACAAGCCAGCAACACUCAGUCGAAACGAAAUCCGGGAGGUUAUGGCCCGAGCUCAAGAACAACUCGCCAAAUCAGAACUUAAAAGUGUUCUUUCUUAA